CCCAAAAUCGAACCUCAUAAUCUGUGUCCGAACUCCCAAGCAAACCUAAACGAUUCGAUUUGAAUUCCUCUAAUUCUAGGUUUUACGGUGGUAUAGAGACACGUAAACCCCAAUUCGACACAGUUACGCAGUAAUGGCCAGCCCUAACAUUCCACUUUCACACUCACUAUCUUGAAAAUGGAAAUUGAAAACCCAAACCCUUCUGUAGAUUCUCAUCCACAAGAAGGACAACAGCCAAACACCAAGAAGCUAAUAAUGUCCACCACCACUUCUGACGACGAUGACAAUUACGACAAUGCCUCCGCUGCAGCCGAUGAAGGUGCCGUACUCCCAAAAAAACCCAGAUACAAGCGCCGCAAAAUAGCAAUUUUCUUCGCUUAUUGCGGCGUGGGAUACCAGGGUAUGCAAAAAAAUCCUGGCGCCAAAACCAUCGAAGGUGACCUCGAGGAGGCCCUUUAUCAUUCGGGUGCAGUUCCUGAGCAGCAAAGGGGACUUCCUAAACGUUUUGACUUUGCCCGUUCCGCUCGAACGGAUAAAGGUGUCAGCGCCGUUGGCCAAGUGGUUUCGGGACGAUUCUAUGUCGAUCCCUUUGGGUUAAUCGAGCGUUUGAAUUCAAAUUUGUCGCCUAAGAUUCGGAUAUUUGGGUUCAAACGUGUUACGGGGGCGUUUAAUGCUAAGAAGUUCUGCGUUAAACGGAGGUAUGUUUAUUUGAUUCCUGUCUUUGCGCUUGAUCCAUCUUGUCAUCGAGAUAGGGAGAGUGUUUUAGCUAGUGUGGGGUCUGAGAAUGAGCUCGUUAAAUGUUUAGAGUGUUCGGAAAGAGGCCGUAAAGUUUUUGGAGUAGUGGGUAAAAUAAAUUUCCAUUCGAAAUCUGUUCCCGUUGAUUCAAGCAUUAAAUUGGACAGAAGUGCUUUAUUUGAAUUGGGAAAUGAAGAGAAAGUUGUUAUUAAAACUUUAGAAAAUGGAAAUCGCAACAAUGAGGCUGAUGAUAAUAAGUUAAAUACUGAAAGUGUGAAAGAACUGGAUGAUGGGGCUGCCCAAAGUGAUAAAACUGAGGAAGAUAAAGUUUACAGUGGAAGCGUGGAUGGCAAUGCAAAACCACGGAAAAGGAGUGCGUUUUCUUAUGGAAAGCAGGAGAGGGAGAGGUUUAACAGAAUUUUGAAGUUCUACGAAGGAACACAUAAUUUUCAUAAUUUUACUACAAGAAUAACAGCUGAGGAUCCCUCUGCAAAGAGAUACAUUAUUUCGUUUACUGCAAACAGCAUGGUUAACGUAGAAGGUAUUGAAUUUGUGAAGUGUGAGGUGAUCGGGCAAAGCUUCAUGCUCCACCAGAUUCGGAAAAUGAUUGGCCUUGCGGUUGCAAUUAUGAGGAAUAUUUCUCCUGAAUCUUUGAUGGAAACGGCUUUUGAACAGAAUGUGAACAUUAAUGUGCCAAUGGCACCUGAGGUUGGAUUAUAUUUGGAUGAAUGCUUCUUUUCCUCUUAUAAUCAGAAAUGGAAAGACAGCCAUGAAGAAUUGUCCAUGAAGGAUUAUGCAGAGGAAGCAGAAGACUUCAAAAUGACGUAUAUCUACCCUCAUAUUGCGUCAACAGAGCACAAGGAUGGAGUUGUGGCCCUUUGGUUGCAUUCUCUAAACUAUCGCAACUAUCCCAACUUACGCGGUUUAAACAGUGGUCAGAGCACCGAUACAAAAUGCGAUGAAGUUGUGGACAAUGGCCAUAACACUGAUGUGAAGCAUGAUGAAGCUUUGGUGGUGCAUACAUGUUGAUUCUUCUAUCCACCCUUACAGUAUGGUCUCUCCUUGAUUGCUUACCAUUUGUUUUCCUAUUGAUGUACUUGAAACUAUUUAUUAGAACCUUAAUAUAAUUUUUCAAGUUCACAAUCAAAAUUGUCUAGAGAAAUCUAUGAUGUUACAAGCUCAGUUUUAAUAAAUUCUCGAGAUUUUAUCAUACUGUGGACUAUCUUGAAGCGUGUAAUAUCAUCCACCAUCUUGUUAGAUACAACAUAGAAAUUUAUUGCUCGAAUAUUUCUUCA